AUGAGUGAGCACACCGACGUCGAAGAACCGUUCUCGGACGCGACCGCGACCGCUUCCGGUCCGCGACUACCGGUCGGCGCCAGAAAGAACCGGAAGGAUGUGACGGUGAAGUUUCAUCUCAUGAAAGCACAAGUGGUGGCCCACGCCUAUCCGCGUCAUCACACCCUGGACGAGGUGAAGGAGCACAUCGCGUGCAAAUUCCAGGUGAAAUCGAAAUUCCUUCUCCUGCGUCAGGCCGGAAUGGAAGUGGCCGGUCACCGGCGACUUGGUGAGCUGUGCGUGAGCGAAUACGACGUUUGUGACCUCGAACUACUGCUGUCCGAGGCCGCACGGCAGGAGAACGUACAACUCAACCUGAAGCUGUACUAUCGCAACCUGACACUCCCGGACAUCAUCACCGUGCGGAUCCCGGGUGAGGAUGGAAAACCUCCACGCGACGUGGUGGUGGAGAUCGAGAACCAGGUCAUCACGAAGCCCUUCGUCGGGGGUUACAUCAACAAGCUCAGCAACAUCGAGUAUCAUCACGCAUUCACCCAGACAGGUCCUCCUGCGGAUCGACUGACACAAUCGGGCACUAGAUUCAGCCGAGACACGCAGACCGUGUGCGAGAGGACAACCACGACCGCGAUCCCGCGUUGUCAGGCCGUACAGCACUCGGCGUUGGUUGAAGCCGAGCGGAAGAUCCCGGAGGGUUCGACCCGAGAACCACAACCCUACGAGACGUUCCAGGAGCUCGAACUGCGCAAGGACGUCGUCGGAAAAGUGACGCUGUUGCAGCGUAACUGGCGCCGCGUGCUCUGGAAGCGGCUGAUCCGGAAGAGUGCGGCCGAGUGGAGAGAUUUGCAGCGACAGCAGCAGCAAAAUGAAAUCAGCGCUAAACAUUCGAAAACGCUCGCCCAUAACAAAACGUGCGUCGCCCGGGCAUAUCCCAAGACGAACGAAGAGUUUGACGCCCUAUUCGCGCAAAUCCACAAUUGGAAGGAAAACGAGCUGAAAAUGAUCCGUGAGCGGUACUCCGGCGCACCCAAAAUAGCCGAGAUGAACAUUCUGCUGGACAAGGAGAUCCAGCUGCUGAACGGCGUCGAACGGCAGCGGCGAGCUAUCCGUCGGGAGCAGUCCGAAGAGGUAGUCGAGCGGCAGUUGGUCAAAAUCAGUGAACCAAAACGCUGGGUCGGCUGCAACAACCGGGUCAUCGAGAUGGAAACACCGCAAACGCAACGGGCCCGUUUUCUACUACUCUACUAUCGCCGGCUGAAGGAGGCUCCACCGUCAACCGUCGACGCAGACCCACAGGAACACGUGGCGCUGCUGGACGAGCUGUCGGACGUCAUCGUCCAGGAGAGCCACCCGGCAACGGAGGAGCUCGAGAACUUAUUGCAGCGUGAACGGCAGCUUCUGCUGUGCCACCUGGGUGCGGAGGACCUAGCAAUCUUGCGCAAGCGCCAACUGACACUGCUGGCCGACAUCAUACGCACCGAUCCGGAAAAGGCACGCGAGAAGCCGGCCAAUAAGCUGUGUCGCAAGUGCAAGAAACUGCGCCCAACCCACGCUUUCACCGUGCAUACGCGCCAGCGUUCGGCUGACGUUUGUGGGCAGUGCAGCUCUCUGCUUGGAUCGACGGUGGACAUCGCGGUUUACCGGUCGAUCCUGCGCGCCGUUCGACGGGAUGAACGAAAGCGAGGAUCCUUGGCGUCGUACGCGUUCAUCAUACAGGAGAACGACAUCAAGCACAUCGUCGAGAACAUCUGGCAUGGCCACUCGGUCAUAUCAAACGAUACGGAUCGUGCCGAUUUGCUGCUGCCACGCUGGAACGUCGCCCAGGACUGGUCGCCGUGGAACUGCGUCUGCCUCACGGAGCAGGAGACACGUGCCCACUUGAAGCUGCAACGUCUAGAUCGUUACUAUCAACCUAGCGUGAUGAAGGAAAUCCAGAGCAAGCACGCUUUGGCCCGGUCGGUGUUUGGGCAGCUGCGCGAGAUCGAUCAAGAGUUCACCGAGUCCGGUGACUGGUGGCAGGUCGGACUGGACGGAAAGGUCGUGUGA